GCAUCUAGUGCGCAAUUUUAGCCGCACUUUCUGCACCUCGCCUCCCGACACUCUAUCAUUCUCCCGACUCUCCCGUUGAUUUCAUUCUUAACCUCAACGAUUUUCGAUUUCUCGGCUUGAAUGUGUUUUGAACGCGCGAAGACGCUGAGCGCGUGGAGGUGACAAGAGGAUCUUGCUCCGGACGAGGAUUCGUUCGCUGUCAAACGCCUUACGAUUGCCGAAAAUCACUUUAGAUUCGACUCGAACGCACGAUCGUACAUUUUGAAGAAUGAGCGUAACGUUGCAUACGGAUGUCGGUGACAUCAAGAUAGAACUGUUCUGCGAGAUGUGCCCGAAGACGUGCGAGAACUUUCUUGCGCUCUGCGCCAGUGGGUACUACGACAAUUGCCUGUUCCACCGAAACAUAAAAGGCUUCAUCGUCCAAACUGGAGACCCCACCAACACGGGGAAAGGGGGAACCUCCAUAUGGAAUCGCAAGUUCGAGGACGAGUUUAAGGAGGAGCUUAAGCACAACGUGAGGGGUCUCGUCUCCAUGGCUAACAACGGCCCUAAUACAAAUGGCAGUCAGUUCUUUAUAACUUACGCGCCUCAGUCGCACCUGGACCUGAAGUACACUUUGUUUGCGAAAGUCAUCGACGGCUUGGAAACCUUGGAGCAAUUGGAGAAACAGCCAGUGAAUCCUAAGAACUACAAACCGCUCGCGGAAAUCAGGAUAAAUGACGUAACUAUACACGCUAACCCGUUAGCGGGAUAGGAUCUGAAGUGACAAAAGUGUUUCUUGCCGUCCAUCGUAGUAAUUUAUACACAAGUAAUUUAUACUGUUUUUUUAUGUAUGAAAAAAAAUAUAAAAUGUUCAUGAUUAUUAAGACAUA